CAGAAUACACUAACACUAAUCUAUUUAAGUUUAUCUUGAUCAAACACCACACAUUUGAAACAAUGAAGCUUGCUUCGUUUUACAUUUUUGUUCUUUUCGUAGCAACUCAUUUUGCUACAGCCGACAAAAUUCACAAAAAAGAAUACCGAAAGUCAUACCGAGAAGCACUGAAGCCAUAUCUUCUUAACAGAUGGGAUGACUCUAACUUCUUGGAAAACUUUUGGGGUAAACUGGAAACUGUGAUCAAAGAUGACGCUGUACUUGAUGUUCUGCGUCAAAUGGGAUCGUUUUUUGAGAAGUUUGUCCGAACAACAAAGCAAAGUUCAGAUCUUGCCGAAGUGAAAUUCACGACGAUUCCGGUCCUAACUGGUUUUCACGAAGGCACUCCAAAUGCUGGAAAAGAGAGAAAGCAGCCACUGGAAGGGUUGAAGAAGGAGACUGGCAAUGGGAGUGGUAGUGUCCCGGUGGUGUUGUGGCAUGGCAUGGGCGACUGUUGCUGCAACCCUCUGAGCAUGGGAUCCAUCAAGAGGCAGAUUGAGAGACAAGUGCCUGGCAUUUAUGUCCACUCUUUGAUGAUUGGCAAUAACAUAAUCGAGGAUACUUUGAAUGGUUUCAUUAUGAACGUCAACGACCAAGUGACACAAGUGUGUGAAAAGAUAAAGAACGACUCUAACUUGGCCAACGGGUACCAUGCAUGGGGUUUAGUCAGGGGGGCCAGUUCCUGAGAGCAGUGGCCCAGAGGUGUCCCGAUCCCCCCAUCAAGAAUCUGAUCACCUUUGGCGGACAGCAUCAAGGC